AUGGGCGAAGCACUGAUUGAGGGUUCAAACUGGCGCCUCGUCGAGGUCGGCCGCAUCGUGCUGAUUAACGGCGAGCACCCCUACAGCGGCCGCCUGGCCGCUAUCGUCGAGAUCAUCGAUCACAAGCGAGUUCUCGUCGAGGGCCCCUCUUCAGACCCCAAGCUCAAGGUUCCCCGACAAGCCCUGCACCUCACCAAGGCUCUCCUCUCUCAGUUCGUCAUCGAGAACCUGCCCCGAGGCGCCCGACAGACCGCCCUCACCAAGGCCUGGGAGAAGGCUGAGAUCGACGCCAAGUGGAAGGGCAGCAACUGGGCCAAGAAGCGCGAACAGAUUGAGCGAAGAAAGGCUCUGACCGACUUCGACCGCUUCAAGGUCCUCCGCCUCAAGAAGCAGCGACGAUUUGAGGAGCGCAAGGCUCUGGCCAAGGUCAAGGCCUCCGCAUAA